AUGAGUGAAGAAAGCAAAAUAUCGAACCCAUCGUUAUUUGAAUAUUCGAACUUCACCACUUAUGUUUUCGAAGGGGAAACAGAGGUUGCUGAUCCUGUGAGUUGUUUGCCUGUGGGAAGUCAUCACGUCUUACCAUGGAUAUCUAGUCACACAAUUUCUUUACCUGGAGAAAUUGUCCCCUUCCACAUGGAAACUGGAAGUCGUGCCUUGUCCAUCAUUGGAGCUCUCGAAGAGAGAACUUACUUAGUUACUGGAUGUGGAAACAUGACUGAUAUGCAAACUCAUAGCUUUGAGAAUGGGAUUCUUGUUGAGUUGAUCCGUUACGAACUAAUGCAUAGACUUGUAUCUGCUUAUGGCCGAGCCAAACAAAAAGUUGAAAUCCUGAAAUAUUAUGAACCCCACAAUGAUAUAAAAUACGAAACUUGUAUGUUCCGGGUGGCACCCGACUAUCUUCCCCCGGACAUCAAAUAUUUGAGUCCGACUACUUUCCAGCGACUGUCUAAAGACGAGGGGAUUCGCACGGUUGCUAAUAUAUACAAUGUUCCGGCGCAUUUGCUACGAACUAAAAGUCAUGCAGAAGUUCUGGAGAAGCUUGAGAACUAUAUGUUGAAAUGGUACACGGAGACUGAAGUAUUCAAUACAUUAAAGCUGGGAUUAGCUAUGUUCACCUAUUGGGUCUCGUUUCAUACUAUUCUCUCCGAAGAAAGCAAAAGAUGGUUUUUGUUGGAGAAUGAAGUUUUUAAAAGAAUUGCAUUCUUGGAAGAAUGUAUUUUAGAAAAACCAACUGUUAUGUGUUUGAACUGCAAUAAUCCUGUCGCUAACAUAUCCGACUUGGACCGAUUUUGCGAACAUGGAGCCAAGGCAUUAUUCGUUAAUAGAUUUGGGCACGGCCACAACCUUGUAAUGUUCAAAAAAAUUGUUGGGUUUGAUAGAGUAGCAGAUCCUGCCAAAGAUUUCACUUGGUUUCCUGGGUACUUUCUUUUUAAUUUUUCUGUUUGA